CGGGAUUUCUCUCUGCUGCCGCUGCACGCUACGCGCGCGGACGCAAUCCCUCCACGCUUCGGCCGAUCCUUCCUCUUUUUUUCUUCUUAUUCUCCCCUGUUUCCUUUCUUCCAGCCAUGCACCAAACUGCAAGCAGCAGGUUUUAGAGCAAUAACAGUAGUUUUCUUAUCUUCUUCCAGCCAGCAAAACAGUUUCUCCCAACUCUCCUCUUCCGGUUUGCCCUUUCUCAACUGCCAAGUAUUAUUGCUUCUGUUCAUUGCAGCAAGUACUCAAUUGGUCUUCAUAUCGACGAAUACUUAAUUGGAUAAGUUCCAGUGACCUUCCGAUAUAUAAAAAUAGGUACAUCUAUCUGUCUAAGUAAUUGAUGUUAUUUUAUAUUCAUGGAUUAAAAUAGAUACUUUUUAUUACUUGAUACUUAUUUUUAGAUUUAUUUGAAUUUUAAUACUAUUGAUAUUUCUUAUUGUUGAUAGUUAUAUAACAGUUACUUGUAGACCUUGUAAUGAUACCUAAAUGAAUUAGCAUGCUUCAUAUUAAACGUUCAAACUAAUUGAUAAGAAGUGAAUUUAAAAUCUAAUAAUUAUGGUAAAUAAAUUAAACAUAAUAAGGAUAUUAAACAAAGAAAAUGAAAUACUAAAAAGUAAAAACUCUUAGCGUAGCAUGCUAAGAGUUGUGGUAGCUAGCGUGAAUUGCUCAUCAAUAUUUAUUUGUGUGAUGUGUUAAAUGAUACAUGAAUGGAUGCAUCUACAAUACAAUAAGAUCUUACUAUUAUCAAGCUCUUAAAGCACAAUAGAGAAAGCGGAUGUUUUUCAUAGGAUUGAGCUGAAAGGUAUGUUAAGACGCGCCGAAUUUUGACCUCAAAAUUUCAUGUGGCAAAUGAUAAUACUUUAUAUCUCAACCACCGCAAGAGGACUAUUAUAUUGUUGUUGAUGACGAUUAUAUUUGCAAGUAUAGAUACUCAUUUGAUAAUUCUGUGAACCUUUCCCGGCCAAUUGUAUUGGAAACCCAGUGGACACUGCAAACUGAUUAAUAGCGGUUUAUUCGAACCACUGUUUUUUCUUUACAAAACAAAGUUUAAAAAAGAAAGAAAAGAAAUAGCAAAUUUGUGAUUAUACGGAAGUUACUUGGUGAUCGAUCUGAAUGAAUUAAAUUUGGGGGAAAAAAAACAGAUAAACUUUCCCUUCAUCCACAAUCUGCAGUAUUCCUUGUUGCUAUAUGCAUCCCCACGUAAUCCAACCAUCGACCUAUUACUGAAAACACACUGCAUGAGACGAAGCUCUAUCCGUCUAAGGCAAAACCGCACCGAAUCCGGCAAGAAAAAGCAUCUUGUUCAUCUUCCCAAGCAACAACAUAGAGACGUCUCUCAGCACAUAGAAUCACCGCAAAACAACUACAAAACCAUCUGAUCGGAAGGCAAAGAUUAUUUAUUCCGUUGUCACAACUCACAAAAUAAGGCAAGAUCAAUCUCAAACAGAUCGACAAAGGAGCGUUUUAUAUUUAAUUUAGUUGUUGCAGCAUUUUAUAUAUAUAUUUGUUUCACGGGUGAUGAUUCUUGAAUGAAUGCUAGCUAGAGGAAAGGAAAUGUUGCUGGAGAUCGAGAUGGAGGACGAACGACCAUUGCUUCCUCGACUAUGCAUGGCCGUAGCAAUUCAUCUCACCAGCUACAUCGUUGGCUACCUCAACGUAUCCAGCUCCAAAGUCGAAGGAACGGAUGAAUCUGAAACUGAGAAUAAAUCAAACCUCAACAGUCCCACUUUUUCACGCCGAGGCCUCAAAGACGAUCUCCUUGCCCUGCAAGAUCAAAGAAAAGAAGAACCUCUUGCAAAAAUCGUCCAUGGAACUCCUUCGACAACAAUGAAGAUCACCAACCAUGACAUCGCUCAACAAUGUCCUAAAAGCCCAAUGGAGGCAGAGGGGCUCCCUUUGCAGGAAGUAGUUGAAGAACCAGAUCUCAGGGAGAGGAGCAGGAGCCUUGAGACCGAAAUGCUCGAGUGGUAUGCAUUGAAAGAGCAGGAGGGCGCCAUUAGAGAGCUUGAAAAUCGACUGAGAACAGCAUUGCUAGAGACGAAUCGUUUGGCACUCAAGAUCGAGUCCCUAAAAGAAGAGAACCAGCGGCUCAAGCUUGAAGCAUCAGAUUCCUCGAGAACCAAGCGAGAGCUCGAAUCUGAAAGGACGAAUGUAACGCAAAUCAAAAGGAAAAUGGAAUCUCUUCGCGUUCAGGCCAGAGAGAAGAUAGCGUCCCUGGAGAAAAGGAUUAACUCGCUGCAUGAAGAGGUGGAGCGCAAGGAAAGCAGAGAGACAUCUGAUGCACUUUAUGAGUCGAACAGGUCUAAAGAAGAACUAGAAGAGGAGGCUGCUGAACUAAGACUGAAGAACUCCAUGCUGACGAAGGAAAAUCUGGAAUUGGGGCAACGUUUGGACAAACUGGCAAAAGUCUUGGACGAACUCAACCAAUUGAGAGAAGCAAACCAGGAAUUGAAGAACACGUUAGAGCAGCUUCGUGCUGACCACUGUGCGGACUUGGAGGAACUAGUCUAUCUCAAAUGGCUCAACGCCUGUCUGCGGUAUGAGCAGGAUCAUCAGAUAUCUCUGGGAAGAGCAGAAGCCAAGGAUCUAAGCAACUGUUUGAGCCCAAACUCAGAGGAGAAAGCCAAGCAGCUCAUACUUGAGUAUGCAUUUGCAGGUUUUGACAAUAUUGAAUACUCUUCACAGGAUGAACCCACAGUCGAUGAGCCGUCAACAAAAAAAGACAUCCAUGCAAGAAAAUCAAAGCUUCUUGGCAAACUUAAUAAGAUGGUAAGGAAAAACGGCAGCAAAGGAACAUCUGGUUCGACUCGUUCUAAUGAUGAACCCGGAAAAGGACUUUGUUUUGACAACAUUGCAUAUUCUCCUGCUACGGAAACAAGGGAGAAAAAGGCGUCUUGGUUUCGAGCUGCUUGUAGAUCUGCUUUAUUUGGUGCAGAUCAGAAGAGGAGUGGGUUAGAUCAAGAGGGUAAAGUUGCACGCUGCAAGAGUGACCUGGGCACUUUCUACAAUUUCAGAAGAAAGGCGAGAAAUAGCAUGAAUGACCAGAUUGAUUCAUUUCGCCUAGAACUUGAUAGCGUACGGAUAAAUAAGUAUGCCGAAGCUUUAUUGAGUUCUCGUAGUUCAUUAGAAAUAUAGAGACGAUCAGCUUCCUUCCUUCGCUGAAGUUGACUCUGAGGAUGUUAGGAAUUUGACCUAAAACAUUUUCAGUAUAGAUGGUAGUAAUGUCUAUCUAUGCAUUUUGCUCGGCACUGCAGUGCCUAAAUAUACAACAAACUUGGUUUUAGGUAUCAAAAGUGGAGGUUGAAUCAGAUAUAAUAUGGGACUGUCUUGUAUUCUGCUCUCAAUAAAGUCGAGGUUUAAGCCU